GUCUUGGUGCAGUUCUUUACUUGUUUUCCUGCGGUUAAAAAGUACUGGUAUCUGAUUUUUGGAGUCCAUUACUUUCAUAAUGAAUUAUACAGGGUAUAGCAAGCCAGGAAAAACUUUCCUUUUUACAUCGGAAUCUGUGGGUGCAGGUCACGCUGAUAAAAUGUGUGACCAAAUAAGUGAUGCUGUUUUGGACGCCUAUCUUUUCCAAGACCCUGACUCCAGAGUUGCAUGUGAAUGUGUGGCUAAGACAGGCAUGAUUUUGCUUUGCGGAGAGGUGACUUCAAAGGCAGUAGUUGAUCUUCAGAAAGUGGUCAGAGACACUGUGAAGGGUAUUGGGUAUGAUGACUCAUCCAAAGGUUUUGACUACAAGACCUGCAAUGUGCUUGUGGCCUUGGAGCCACAGUGUACUGAGAUUAGUGACUGUGUGUUUGAAGGUCGUGAUGAGGAGGACAUUGGUGCUGGUGAUCAGGGUUUAAUGUUUGGUUAUGCAACAGACGAGACAGAGGAAUGCAUGCCAUUGACCAUUCUCUUGGCUCAUAAACUCAAUUCUAAGAUGAAAGAGCUGUCACUGAAUGGAGAGUGUUCCUGGAUAUUACCUGACUGUAAAUCACAGGUUACAGUGGAAUAUUGUGAUAAUAAGGGGGCUAUGGUGCCAAAUCGAGUUCACACAGUGGUCAUCUCAGUCCAGCAUAAACCCAACAUUACGUUAGCUGAAAUCCGACAGAAUCUGAUGGAAAAAGUGGUCAAAGCAGUUAUCCCAGCCAAGUACCUGGAUGACAGAACUAUAUAUCACCUGCUGCCAAGUGGAAAAUUCCUAAUGGGUGGUCCGCAAGGAGAUGCAGGUCUUACAGGCAGAAAGAUCAUCGUUGACACAUAUGGUGGCUGGGGUGGUCAUGGUGGUGGUGCUUUCUCUGGGAAGGAUUGCAGCAAAGUGGAUCGUUCUGGAGCUUAUGCUGCUCGCUGGGUUGCCAAAUCACUUGUAAAAGCCGGGCUAUGCAGAAGGGCACUGGUACAGAUCUCAUAUUCCAUUGGCAUAAGCCAUCCGUUGUCUAUCUCAGUUUUCCAUUAUGGGACAUCCACCAGAGAUGAAGAUGAGCUUCUGGAAAUUGUUCAGAAGAAUUUUGACUUAAGACCUGGGGUAAUCGUCAAAGAGCUUGGUCUGAAAAAACCCAUUUUUCAGAAAACUGCCAGCUUUGGACAUUUUGGAAGAGAGGAAUUUCCAUGGGAGAAGGCAAAGAAAUUGGCAUUUUAGUGUUUCAUUUAUAACCAAGAAAAAAUAUUUGCAGCAAUCUAAAAAUGGCUGUUUUCAAGUGAAGUAGUUUUCAGUUAGGAUGGGAACCCUUCUUUGUCUACAUUUCACAGGCAUUUAAUGAUUGUUUUUUACAGCUGUUAUCAAGGUAAUUUUGGAGGAAAAUGCGAAAUUGUUAAACCAUAUGACAAAUGGCACCACUUUUGUUUUAUUAUGCAUGUUUCUAUCGACAUUCUCUAUCUUUCCCUAUUGUUCAGAUUUAAUGGAAUUAUGUGCUAAUUAUACAAUAUGUAAUAAUAUGCUGAAAUUGCACAGAUUUUUUCAAAAAAAUCAUCUUAUAUAGUUAAAAAUGCUAUAGCCUAAAAUGAAUUCAAAAUAUAAUGAUGCUAAAAAGCAUGCAUAUUCAAAAACAACUAAAUUUUUGAGAAAACAAAUAUUUAUAUUAGAUUUUUCUUAAAACCAAUAAUAUAAAAUUGUUUGAAUAUUGAGUUACAAUUUUCUAUUUAAUUGCCUAAUUCAAAAAGACCACAAUGCCAUGUAACUUAACUCAGGUAUUAUUGUAUACUUUAGUAUACCACCCAAUUGGCUUCCAGUAGCUGCACACAUCGGAUUCAAAACACUGAUGCUUGCUUACAUCAGUGUAAAAAGCACUGCUCAACUAGUCCCACCAUCUUUCAGGGUAAGAGAUAGGUAUACAUCAAGACUCUUUUCUGUUCUGAAGCCGAGGUGGUGGAAUGAACUUCCCCACGAUGUCUGAACUGAAGCUGAGUCACUGGCAAUCAAAAGUCCUAUUUCUUUCUGAAACACUUAAAACUAGGGCUUAGUUUUCCUUGUUUGUUUUAUACAGUUAUGUGUAAAAAUUGAUAUAAUUUCUCCCAACAGAGUUUUAGGCUGAUGGUAUUCAGUCUGUAACCUAGUGAACCAGGAGUCAUGUUUUCAUUGAUAUAGUCUUCAAAGCACGUUUUUAUGCCAUAACUGUAGAUGUAGAAGUACCAGUGUUUUCAUGGAUUUUUCUGUUAAUUCCAUGCUUGACCACUGAGUGACAGUAAAGAUUGGAUUAUGUCACA